AUGAGUGUUCCAAAGCUUCACCUCUGGGGAUUCCUCCUCUCAUGCAUCGUCUGGGCGCUCCCUUGCUUCCAGGCCCAGGCGAUCGACCUCGAUCUUCAAAACCCUGACAGCAUCAAAAGCGUCGCACGCGAACUGGCCUGGGACCUAGUCAGCUUCUACACGGGAAACAACACCGGCGAUGUCCCUGGCAAUCUCCCAGACCCCUACUACUGGUGGGAGGCCGGCGCCUUCUUUGGCACCUUGGUCAACUACUGGGCGUACACAGGAGACACCGCCUACAACAACCUAACUGCCGAGGCGAUUCUACACCAGGUCGGACUCAACCGAGACUUCAUGCCGGCCAACCAGACCCGCACCGAGGGCAAUGACGACCAAUCCUUCUGGGCCUUUGCUGCCAUGCGCGCUGCGGAAAGGGACUUUCCCAAUCCCCCAGACGAUCAGCCGUCGUGGUUGUCUCUUGUCCAGGCCGUGUUCAACGAACAGGCGCAGCGAUGGGAUACCAAGAAGUGCGGUGGGGGGUUGAAAUGGCAGAUUUUCACGUUCAACAGCGGCUACACCUAUCGCAACUCCAUCUCCAAUGGGUGUUUCUUCAACCUCGCGGCCAGACUCGCCCGGUAUACUGGAAAUGCGACGUACGCGGACUGGGCCGACAAGGUGUGGGACUGGGUGACUGGCAUCGGGCUCAUCGGGCCUGACUAUCAUGUCUACGACGGGACAAGUGAAGAGAACAACUGCACUGACCUCAACCAUAUCGAGUGGACCUACAACAACGGGGUGUACUUGCUGGGUGCUGCCCACAUGUGGAACUACACAAACGGUGGUAGUCACUGGCAAGAGCGCAUCAACGGUCUUCUCCAGGCGCAGAGCACGUUCCUGUCCACAAACGAAGCAUCCAAGGAUGUUUUCUACGAGGCCGCUUGCGAAACCGUCAGCACCUGUCAAACCGACCAAUUCUCGUUCAAGGCUUACCUGGUACGCUGGAUGGCUGACACUGCGCGUUUGGCACCGUUCACCUACGACACCAUCAUGGCGCGCCUGCGACCAACCGCAAAGGCAGCUGCGGCGCAGUGUGUGGGAGGCAAGACGGGCACAUACUGCGGGAUGCAAUGGACCACAGGGACUUAUGAUGGCACCAUCGGAGUGGGACAGCAGAUGGCCGCCCUAGAAGCCGUCCAGGCCAAUCUCGUCCAGUCCAAUACAGGUCCGCUCAGCUACGAUACAGGGGCUUCGAGCAAGGGAGACGGGGCUGCCGGGACCGAGACCUCCGACCAGUCCAAAGACCCAAGUCAGCUUCGAGAGAUCACCGCGUCGGACCAAAUGGGGGCAUCUGUGGCAACGGCGGCGGUGGUAGGCUUGAUUCUGGCGGUUGCGGCUUUUAUGGUGGCCUAG